AUGUGUCUGCCACUGGUUCUGAGAGCCGCACGAGUGAAUUUAGUGAUCGUCAGGCACGUGUCGUUUGGCGAGAACACGGUGAAGUUGCGGAAGGAGUUCUGGGAGAAGGAGGCCCUGUGGUUGGAGCGGGAAACCUUGUCGGCCUUGUCACCCGCGGAAAGGCUCAUUCGGGACUUGCACCUCAAGGCGAUCAGUGAGGGCCACUUCACCUACGAUGACCCCGAAACUGGGCUUAAGGUCCUCACCCGUCUUCGCCACUUUCUGAAGGGCCGGUGUUGCGGCAAUGCCUGUCGACACUGCGUUUAUGAUCUCGAGAACGCCCCGGAAGAACUGAAACGGAAACGAAGAUUCAACUCUUCCUUUUGGGUGGACAUUAGUGGGUCAGGUGUGGAAUCUUUGGAGGACGACGAUGACGAUUAUGACAGUAUAUUUCUAUCGAUAGAACCCAAGCCGAAGAACAUGUGA